AUAGUAAAAUGGCCACUCCAUUUUCAGACUGCUCUCCUGGGCAGGAAAGGGAUAUGGUGGAGUAUGAAUUCUCUUUCCAUCGCAGCACAGGACCUGGCCAGUCCUGGAGCCUAGGAGGUUCAGCUACCAGCAAGUUGUUACUAGAGCCAAACUGUGACAUUGCCAAUGCCUUUGCUGAAGACAGGCAUGUUGGAAUCCACGUUCCUGAAGACCAGGACUCCUGCCUCCUCCUCCACCUGUGUCCCUUUGCCUGGGCCGUCAGUUUGAUCCAUGUGGUCUGUCCCUGAGAUUCACUCCUCACAAGUGCCCUCAGCAUGUCAUCAGCAAAGUCCCAAGGACCGGAGGAGACAGUGCCAGACUGCGAGGAAGAACUGAAAGGAAAAACACUUCUCACCUGGGGCCCCCUUUUUGGUCACCGGAGUGAGAAGAUUGUCUUUACCAAAGGUGAUGGCAGUCCAGAGGAGAGCCUGCUCACCGUCACCAUCACAGAGACUACUGUCAUUGAGUCGGACUUGGGUGUGUGGAGUUCAAGGGCUCUCAUCUACCUCACGCUGUGGUUCUUCUUCAGCUUUUGUACUCUGUUCCUCAACAAGUACAUCCUGUCCCUGUUAGAGGGAGAACCCAGCAUGUUAGGUGCUGUGCAAAUGCUGUCAACGACAUUAAUUGGAUGUGUUAAAAUAUUUGUUCCUUGCUGUUUAUAUCAACACAAAACCCGGCUCUCUUAUCCACCCAAUUUCAUCAUGACUAUGCUCUUUGUGGGCCUCAUGAGGUUUGCGACUGUGGUUUUGGGGCUGGUCAGCCUGAAGAAUGUGGCAGUGUCCUUUGCUGAGACUGUGAAGAGCUCAGCUCCCAUUUUCACUGUGAUCAUGUCUCGGAUGAUUCUGGGGGAGUACACAGGGCUGUUGGUCAACCUGUCUCUUAUCCCAGUCAUGGGAGGACUAGCGUUGUGCACCGCCACUGAGAUAAGCUUCAACAUCCUGGGGUUUUCGGCUGCAUUAUCCACCAAUAUCAUGGAUUGUUUGCAGAAUGUUUUCUCGAAAAAGCUUCUCAGUGGGGACAAAUACAGGUUCUCGGCCCCGGAGCUGCAAUUUUAUACCAGUGCUGCUGCUGUGGCCUUGCUGAUUCCAGCAUGGACCUUCUUCAUGGAUGUCCCCGUGAUUGGCAGGAGUGGGAAGAGCUUCAGCUACAGCCAGGACAUCGUGCUGCUGCUGCUGACAGAUGGCGCCUUGUUUCACCUUCAGAGUGUCACUGCAUAUGCCCUCAUGGGAAAGAUCUCCCCUGUGACUUUCAGUGUCGCCAGCACUGUGAAGCACGCCUUGUCUAUCUGGCUCAGCAUCAUUGUUUUUGGCAACAAAAUCACCAGCCUGUCUGCCAUCGGCACUAUCCUUGUCACAAUGGGUGUCUUGCUCUACAACAAGGCCAGGCAGUAUCAGCAAGAGACCAUGCAGAGUCUGGCCACAGCCACUAGCCGGGGCCCAGAGGAUGAUACAGAGUCACUGGUUCCCCUGGACUCUAGACAACACCACUGAGUUCCUUCUAAUACUGUGUCCCCCAGAAACCAGGCCUAGACUGUCCUCCUGCACUAUAUGCUAGAAUAGAGAAGCAGACUAUGUGGGCUCUUGCUCCUCACUGGACAUCAGAUGGGGAGUCUGGGGAUCAGCUUCUGCCUGACAAAACCCUGCAAGAGGAAGCAAAUGGCCUGCAGCUACUCUGGCACAUUGCCCAGGCUGCAAUUGGGCCAAUGACUCAGUGGGGCCAACUGUGGAAUAAGCAUAGGUUCCAGGACCAACAUGAGUUGCUCUCUGCUUGAUGCCAUCCAGGAGACCUCAACUUUCCUGUGCCCACCACCAACACAGGCCCUGAAGCCUCCUGGUUCCUGACAGUCUGUGGAACAGAAAUCCUAGAUGCCAAUGACUCUAGCAUGGAGCCACAAAACGCCGGGAAACUGGAGUGGCAGACAGAACAGAGACACGUGUCUCCUUCCACAGAGGGACAGUGCUUGUGUGAAGGGAAAGUCUUCCUUUUUUGGCCUGUGCUACAUAAGCUACCCCACUCCAGGUUUGCUGUCCCAAGUUUCUGCUACUCGUUUAGUGAUUUCUCCAACUCUGAGAAGUUAGGGACAAAUCUCUAACUGAAACUGGCACCCUGGAGUUCUCCAUCUUGAGUAUGAUGCGUGUGAAACAGGCUGUUCCAAAUGGCACAGUUGACCACCCCAGGUGGGUGACAGGGAAGUUUAGCAGAGCAUUUGAGUGUCUACAGGUUAUGCUGCAUCUAAAGUGACACUGAUUUUUAACAAAGCAGAUGCCUGUGGAAGCUUCUGGAGUGUCUGCAUGUAAGGUGAAUCAAAGUCUACACAUACAGCUGGCUCUUCCCAGGGAUCAUAUAUGGCACUUCCUGGGCCACCAGGUUCCCAGAGCCUUUCCGUCCUCCCAGGGACACUAGUGUCAGAGUUAAGGGGGAACAGUGUGGGGACUUAAGUACAAGAUGCUGAGAUUCUACCUUGUUCAUCAUUUCAUGGGUGCUGAUGUGCAAUCCAUGACCAGCCAAUCUUUACGACUCUCUCCAUUAACCCAAACUCUGAGACUUAUGAACUGUAGUCAAGGCACAUCUAGUUCCAAGUCUCACUUCUCCCUGCUCUACAUCUUCAGUGCCCAUGGCAGUUCACUGGUUUUCAAGUUAGCUUCUUGCCUGGAAAAUAUGAAAAUAGCCCCUUGAAGAGAUAGAUUGAGGUGAAAAAAAAAAAGAGCAAUAAUUAUGUCUACAUUUUAUUUACUUGAAAAAGUUUGUUAUGAUGGAUCAAAAUGAGGCCUUUUAAUCUGCAAGCCACCUUUGAAAAGAAGCUGACCUGUGUUCUGGACACAGGCUAGGUGUGUCUCCCCUGUGCUAAGUAAAGUCGCCUCCACUGUGAAGGGUUUUCUCGUUUGACUUUGCUUAGAUUUCUAGUUACUUCCUCUUUGCUUUUCCCAAAAUAAACACCCAGUGGAGGGCAGAUGAUGGAUGUUGGAUUAAUCUGUACAUCAGGCCUGUCUACUCAAGAAUCUGGCUGUGGAGCUGCUGACACACACAGAAGGGCACAUGGUUGUGGACAUUGGUUGGAAGAUCGCUCUGGCCUUCCUACAGACCUUGUCUAAUUAUGCUCAGAGCUCCAAAUGAGUGGAUUCUGAGUAGUGUUUGGAAUUUCUGUCUCUGUGUCCCAUGUGGAAUUAGGAAAUGACCCACUGUGACUUGCUUUGGCUACCCCUCCCCCACUUUACCAGCCCCUCAGCCUGUUUUGAUUUUCUAAGUUUGUGGACUAGAAACAAAAACAAAGAUUUUCUUAAAGCUGCUUUUGAGGUUUGUCCUCAUUGUAGACAGAAAGAUCAUGGAAUCUGUUCCAAAGCCAGCACCAUGAUCCUGUCCUGCUUUACAUUCCAUCUAUGUCCUUUCCACACACAGCCACUUCUUCCAGCAUUUCCAGGACAGGCAUGGGUUGAGAGUCCUGGAAUGGCCCUGCUUGGCCAUUUGUUAUGACCAUACCAUCACAAUAUUUUUUUUAUUAACUUUUGUCAGUACUUUUAUAGACUACUAUGUUCUUCAACAAUUGUUGCUGAUGUACAUGCAGAAAUAUCGACACCAGGUGUCAUUACUUGUCUUGGAUUACUUCUUCCUGAGUCUGUGUCAUUGUCUGGUCUGUUGUAAAGAAAACACUGGCUGGACCUACUGAGCCAGCCAUCUGCUAACUCAUUACACCCAUAGUUAAGAGAUAUACUGAUUUAUAAUUUCAGAACACUUCUUGGGCUCGAGAAUGUCUCAGUGGUUAAGAACUAGUAGUGCUCUUGCUAAGGACCCAUGUUCAGUUCCCAGAACUCAUGUAGAGUGCUUCAGAACUGCAUGUAACUCCAACUUUAGUGAUUCCGAUUCCUCUGGCUUCUGUGGGUAUCUGUACCCGUAUACACACAUACAUGUGCACACAUAAUUUAAAAAUACAUUUAAAACAACAUCCAUGGCUUUGGGGUAUAGCUUAGUGGUACAUCACUGUUAUUCAUUGUGAAGCCCUUGGAUUGGGCCCUAGCAGCAACAUGGAAUAGAGGGAUGAAGGAAAGACAACAAAACCCCCAAAACUUCCACUAUUAAAAGGCAUAGAACAUAGAUGUCUUGUUCUGUUUGCUUUUAAAAUUGGGCUUGGUGGCAUUGGGAAGGCAUUAGAAUAUGCCUAAUAUGAUUUCAACACCAAUUUAGGCUAUAUAUUGAGACCCUGUUUCAAAAAAACAAACAAAAACCAAAAACAACAACAAAAAAACCCUUUUUCUGAUGGUUGUAAUUUCUUGCAUAUCAGCACUAUAAUCUGUCUGCCCUAAAAGUUGAGAGUAUUACUGUGCAAUCCAAAAUGUGUUUUAAUCAGCGAAAAAUAAAAAUGAUGAACCAGAGAUUAAAGAGGAUAAAGCAUACAAGGAAAUCAGUCAACUAAACUUCACUUCCUGCCUUUAAAACAUCACAAAAAAAGUGGCUCUGUGACCCUGCUCUCUUGAUGGUCACUUUGCUUAGUGGAGACAGUAAAUGCUCAGCACAAUCUUUCAAUUCUAUCCAAGUGAUAUCUUCUAGAACCUGAAGCAUUUAGUUUCCUAACAUUGAAAAAGAUGUUACUAGGGAAGGGAAACCAUGCCAGUUAUUUCUGAGUUUCCCUAUUUAGCCAUAAUGUCCUUGAAGUCCUUGAAUUCCACAGCCUUCUACUUCAGCCUUCUUAGUACUGAGAUUACAAGCAUGUGUCACACCUCUCCAGUUUUUUUCAAUUGUCUUUGAGUAAUAAUCUGAUAUUUUCCACCCUCAAAACAGAAAGAUAUGGCCCACCUAUGAGAGUUCUCUUCAUCUCUCUUGUGUGUGUGUGUUAGGGAUAUAAUUAAGGGAUUCAGGAAUGCUAGGCUGUUGCUCUUUCUAUGAGCUAUACCCCCAGCCUGUUUUAUUAGUUUUAUGAAUGUUUUGGGUCUCCCCAUGAACUAGAACAGAAACCUGAGGCCAUGCUAAUUGUGGACAAACAGUACCAACCACAAUUCAGACUGUAGUAGAUUUUUGUUUUGUGUUGGUUUUUGAGACAGGGUUUCUCUGUGGCUUCGGAUGCUGUCCUGGAACUAACUCUUAUAGACCAUGCUGGUCUUGAACUCACAGAGAUCAGCCUGCUUCUGCCUCCCAAGUGCUGGGGUUAAAGGUGUGCGCCACCACUGCCUGGUAAGUGUAGUAGAUUUUAACUUCAGUGUUUCCUAAGUAUGUUUCCCACGUUUCUUGGGGGUCUCUGACUCUGAGUUAGGUGGCUUUUGGACCCUUGCUCACAUGUCCAAGUUUAGUUUGAAAACAAUCCAAUUGGCAAAUUGUGUGCUUAUGUUUUUCUGUUUGUUUGCUUGGUCUUUAGUUUCCAUUUCUGGAACUCAAACUGCACUAAAUAGUUGUGAAUCUGUAUCUGUUCAAGUAGUGUUGGCACUUUGGAAAAGGCCAGAGUUUAAGGUGGUAAGUCCCACAUAAAAAAAAAAAAAAAAACUUGAUAACAUAUUGGUAAUCGUCUACAUCAAAGCCAAGUCAUAACUGUUUUACACCAAACAGUACUAGUGAACUAAAAUGUAUCAUAAAAUGUAUAAUGUUUUCUAUUUCACCUAUUUCAGUAUUUCAGUAAUUAGAUUAAUGCCUCCUAAAAAGAAUUGUGUAAAAUAUAUCAGUGAGUCAUCUAAUAAAUUGAUAUUGUGUAUUUAA